ACGAUGACUCUGGAGUCCAUGAUGGCGUGUUGCCUGAGCGAUGAGGUGAAGGAGUCCAAAAGGAUCAACGCCGAGAUUGAGAAGCAGCUGCGGCGGGACAAGCGCGACGCCCGGCGCGAGCUCAAGCUGCUGCUGCUCGGCACGGGCGAGAGCGGGAAGAGCACGUUCAUCAAGCAGAUGCGCAUCAUCCACGGGGCGGGCUACUCAGAGGAAGACAAGCGGGGCUUCACCAAGCUGGUGUACCAGAACAUUUUCACAGCCAUGCAGGCCAUGAUCCGGGCCAUGGAGACCCUCAAAAUCCUCUACAAGUAUGAGCAGAACAAGGCCAACGCGCUGCUGAUCCGGGAGGUGGACGUGGAGAAGGUGACGACGUUCGAGCACCGGUACGUGAGUGCCAUCAAGACCCUAUGGAACGACCCCGGCAUCCAGGAGUGCUAUGACCGCAGGCGCGAGUACCAGCUCUCUGACUCUGCCAAGUACUACCUGACCGACGUGGACCGUAUCGCCACCUCAGGCUACCUGCCCACCCAGCAGGACGUGCUGCGGGUGCGCGUGCCCACCACCGGCAUAAUCGAGUACCCCUUCGACCUGGAGAACAUCAUCUUCAGGAUGGUGGACGUAGGGGGCCAGAGGUCCGAGCGGAGAAAGUGGAUCCACUGCUUCGAGAACGUGACAUCCAUCAUGUUCCUUGUGGCCCUGAGUGAGUACGACCAAGUGCUGGUGGAGUCGGACAACGAGAACCGCAUGGAGGAGAGCAAGGCGCUCUUCCGGACCAUCGUCACCUACCCCUGGUUCCAGAACUCAUCCGUCAUCCUCUUUCUCAAUAAGAAGGACCUGCUGGAGGACAAGAUCCUCUUCUCCCACCUGGUGGACUACUUCCCCGAGUUUGAUGGCCCGCAGCGGGAUGCGCAGGCUGCCCGGGAGUUCAUCCUGAAGAUGUUUGUGGACCUGAACCCUGACAGUGACAAGAUAAUCUACUCCCACUUCACGUGCGCCACCGACACGGAGAACAUCCGCUUCGUCUUCGCCGCUGUCAAGGACACCAUCCUGCAGCUCAACCUGAAGGAGUACAACCUGGUGUGA